AACCAUAACCUCGCUGAAGUCCAACAAGAAUAUGCGACGACGAACACCUCUCAAAUAAACUCUUUUUACGUAUCAUCACAAGAUUCGGGGCGUGCAACGGGAGGAUUAGCAUCCUCGCUUUCCCCAAUGGAUGAAGCCGGAGAUGUCCUUCCGAUGUACGAAUUCGAGAUUCCUAACACCUUAGUGGGUUUGGUAAUUGGAAUCAAAGGCAAAACAAUAAAGGAGCUGAGUUCAAGAACUGAUGUCCGAAUGCUUAUACGUCAACAUCACACGCCAGAGAAGGUGGAUACUCACCAAAUAUGUCAAGUACGGGGAAAGCGUGAGCAGAUCAAUCGCUGUCUGCAAAUGUUGCGCAGACGAUUCCCUCCAGCACGAUUCCCGGAAUUAAAUUUGCAGCCGGUUUUACCUCCACCUCUUGCAAGUAAUUUGUUUGACGCGCUAGCUUCACAACCCAGCUGGCUUACUCUUCCGGAUGCUAUACCUUGUGAAGUUGUAUGCUCUUCGGUUAUCGAUCCUGGACAUUUCUUCUUACAACAACCGACCCAUCCCUCGUUUUCAUCCUUAUCCCAUCUCGACAUGUAUAUGAUACGCUUGUACAGUCAAGGAACAGAUAUUCCUGACUUGCCGAAACCUUGUCAAACUGGCCUUCUUUGCGCUGCUCCUGUCCUUGGAGCAUGGUUCCGCGCAGUGACUGUGAGUUACUAUCCCGAGAGCGAUGAAGUUAUGCUGAGAUUUGUAGACUAUGGAGGCUAUACUAGAUUACCAAGAAGUGAACUGCGACAAAUUAGGACGGAUUUAAUGUCUUUGCCGUUCCAAGCAAUUGAAUGUUAUUUAGCACACGUUCAGCCAGUUGAUGGCACGUGGCAAUGGGGCGAAGCAGCGUUUGCCCAUUUCCAAAAGUUAUGUAUGGGAAAAGUCAUCAAUGCAACAGUGGUUGGUUUCAAUGUCCAAGAUAAAGUGCCCAUGGUUGAGUUGACUGUAUUGGAUGAAGAAGGCAAGGUGAGCACAUACGUCCCCAUACGCGUGGACAAGGAUUUGAUGGAAGCCGGGUUCGCAAAAGCGUCCGAUCCAUCAAAAUUGCAAAAAGUAACGUCAACUAAGGGCCGUCCAUUGUCAACAAAUCCUACGCCUAUGGUAGCUGCUGUAUGA